AUGGAGGAGGAUCCUCCUAAGAAGAGCCUCAGGCCCGUGGCUUUUGCAUCUGUUGCAUUUGCUACUAUUUCCGUACUUUCUUGCGUCAUCACCCUCCCCCUUGUCUACAACCACGUCCAGAAUGUCCACAGCUUCAUGCAAAAUGAAGUGGAAUUCUGCAAGACCCGUUCUCGUGAUAUGUGGAAAGAGAUGGUGACCAUGCAAGCUGUAGCCGGAAUCCCCAGGAAUAAGCGCGAGGCCUACGAUGCUAACCCGCUAUCCGGAGAGAACCCAGCCGGAAGCAGCGCUCCAGGAUCUUGCUGCUCCUGCCAGGCUGGCCCGCCUGGACCUCCCGGAGAUGCUGGAGAGAAGGGAGCCGAUGGUUUGCCCGGCCCGCAUGGAUCUUCUGGACCCAGGGGACCCCCUGGCCAGCCUGGAUCAUGCGAUCACUGCCCACCACCCCGCACCGGACCUGGAUACCGUUUC